GCUGCUCCGCCUCACACGCAGUGCCCAGUGCCGGCCUCAAUCUGGUCUGCCCCCUCCCCACCCGGUUCACCACCACCAUGACACCAGGCAUCCAGGCCCCUCGCUUCUUCCUGCUGCUGCUAGUCCCGGUGCUGACAGCUCCUCCCACUGCCCCACAAACGGUUCCUACAACCUCUGUCCACACAAGCCACAUGGGAAAUGGACAGACUGUGACUGCCCGGAGCAGCCCAAUGUCCAGGUUCACUGACAGAAGUUCUGUGAGCACAACCAGCAGCUCACUCCCCACUCACAACCCGGCCUCAAGUGCGGUCACCACUUCAGCCCCCCACGCCACCUCUCCCCCGGCCACCAGCUCUGCCUCAAGCUCAGCCACAGCUUCACUCCACGGUGCCACCUCUUCUCCAGCCACCAGCUCUGCCUCAAGCUCAGCCACAGCUUCACUCCACGGUGCCACCUCUUCUCCAGCCACCAGCUCUGCCUCAAGCUCAGCCACAGCUUCACUCCACGGUGCCACCUCUUCUCCAGCCACCAGCUCUGCCUCAAGCUCAGCCACAGCUUCACUCCACGGUGCCACCUCUUCUCCAGCCACCAGCUCUGCCUCAAGCUCAGCCACAGCUUCACUCCACGGUGCCACCUCUUCUCCAGCCACCAGCUCUGCCUCAAGCUCAGCCACAGCUUCACUCCACGGUGCCACCUCUUCUCCAGCCACCAGCUCUGCCUCAAGCUCAGCCACAGCUUCACUCCACGGUGCCACCUCUUCUCCAGCCACCAGCUCUGCCUCAAGCUCAGCCACAGCUUCACUCCACGGUGCCACCUCUUCUCCAGCCACCAGCUCUGCCUCAAGCUCAGCCACAGCUUCACUCCACGGUGCCACCUCUUCUCCAGCCACCAGCUCUGCCUCAAGCUCAGCCACAGCUUCACUCCACGGUGCCACCUCUUCUCCAGCCACCAGCUCUGCCUCAAGCUCAGCCACAGCUUCACUCCACGGUGCCACCUCUUCUCCAGCCACCAGCUCUGCCUCAAGCUCAGCCACAGCUUCACUCCACGGUGCCACCUCUUCUCCAGCCACCAGCUCUGCCUCAAGCUCAGCCACAGCUUCACUCCACGGUGCCACCUCUUCUCCAGCCACCAGCUCUGCCUCAAGCUCAGCCACAGCUUCACUCCACGGUGCCACCUCUUCUCCAGCCACCAGCUCUGCCUCAAGCUCAGCCACAGCUUCACUCCACGGUGCCACCUCUUCUCCAGCCACCAGCUCUGCCUCAAGUGUGGCAGCCACUCCAGCGCACAAGGGCACUUCUGCCAAGGCUACCACCACCCCAGUUGGCAAGGGCACUCCAUCUUCAGUUCCCAGCCACUCUGAUACUCCCACCACCCCUGCCAGCCACAGAACCAGGACUACAGCCAGUAGCACUAGCGGUAGCAUAGUGCCCCUCACCUCUUCCAAUCAUAGCUUGUCCUUCUUCUUCCUGUCCUUUCGUAUUUUGAACCUCCCGUUUAACGCUUCCCUGGAAGAUCCCAGCUCUAACUAUUACCAGGUGCUGCGGAGAAACGUGACAGAAUGGAUUUUGCAGAUUUAUAAACAGGAGAAUUUUCUGGGCUCCUCUAACGUAAAGUUCAGGCCAGGAUCUGUGGUGGUGGAAUCAACUCUGGCCUUCCGAGGGGGCACCACCAAUGCCAACAAGGUAGCGGCACAGUUUCUUCUAGAUGAAUCACAUGAAGAGAGAUACAACUGGGUCAUCUCAAGACCUAUUGUGGAUGAUGUGUCAUUUCCUUCCUCUUCCCGGCCUGGGUCUGGGGUACCCGGCUGGGGCAUUGCCCUGCUGGUGCUGGUCUGUGUUCUGGUCGCGCUGGCCAUCAUCUAUCUCAUUGCCCUGGCUGUGUGUCAGUGCCGCCGGAAGAGCUGUGGACAGCUGGACCUCUUCCCAACCCGAGAUGCCUACCAUCCUAUGAGCGAGUACCCCACCUACCACACCCACGGCCGCUAUGUGCCCCCUGGUACCAAACGUAGCCCUUAUGAGGAGGUUUCUGCAGGCAAUGGUGGCAGCAGCCUCUCCUACACGAACCCAGCAGCCACUUCUGCCAACUUGUAGGGGCACGUUGCCCGCUGAGCAUCCGGAGCAUCCGGCCAGUGGCCUCUGUCAUGGUCUUGGUCUUCACCACCAGUGCCCCCUCCCCCUUUUUCCGGACUGGUGAGCUGGGAGUUACGGUGGGCUGCUCGCAGCCUCCUGCAAGCGUCCCUAACCCAUCUCAGCCCCCGGGGAAGCCCAUCCUGGCUCCUGGGGAUGUGCCUGGGGCAGUGGCUCCAGGACUGGCCCCGAAAGCCCCCAGGUCGGAGUGGGAACUUGAACAUGGCUGAAUAAAACAUGGGCCUCCUCC